AUGGUGAAAUCAUGCCCAAUGAAUGGUGGGGAUUUCGAGUAUAGCUACACCAAAAACUCCAUGUUUCAGAAAGAAACCAUAAGUGCUGCAAAGGAGAUUAUUGAUAAGGAAAUUGCUCAGAAGCUUGACGGAUUAAUAAGCAAAGCUCAGGUGGACUCGUUCAAUUUGCCUAUGUAUCUUGCUACUCCUAACGAGAUGACAGAGAUCAUAGAAAAAAAUGGGUGCUUCAAAAUUGAGAGGGCUGAGUUUUUUAACCCAGAAUCUGCUAUUAAAGUCUUUUUCAGUGGGCAGGCAUGCGCCUUGCACUUUAGAGCUGGUUUUGAAGGAAUGCUCAGCAAGCAUUUUGGAAGUGAGAUUAUAGAUGAAUUGUUCCAUCGACAUUCCAAGAAAAUUGAAGAAUUCUCCUCCCGACUGCAGUCUAGCUCCAAUGAAGGAACUCAACUAUUUCUUGCUCUCAAGCGGAAAUGA